CGGCAAGCCUGUCUUUCCGGUUCCUGCGCUUCCCGGUCCUCAGGCUCUGCCCCUCACACCCACGUUUCGGGGUCGCUUCCUAAGUUAAAAUCCCUGAACCCGUUCGUCUUUCUCGCUGUGAGUUCGUCCCUUUCGGUUUUCGCGGCGUCGCCAUAAAAGUCGUGAGUCCUGCGGCUCCGUGCGGUCCGGGAGUCGUUCCUCGUGAGUCCUGCGGCUCCGUGCGGUCCGGGAGUCGUUUCCCGUUCAAAUCGCUCUGAGGCAGCUGCCGGCCCAGCCUUUCUGCCUUCGGUCCGCGUAGACACCGCCGCCCGCCCCGUCGUUUUCUUGCUCAGAACGUUUCUCUGACGCCCGACUCCCCUCCCCCCGCCCAACCGCGUGGUCCAGUCCUCACUCAGGAGAAUAAUCUAACCUGGGAAUCUCAGAAGAACAGUAAAAAAACGUGGAAUGGCUCUUUCCAAGGGACGGUUGACCUUCAGGGAUGUGGCCAUAGAAUUCUCUCAGGAGGAGUGGGAAUGCCUGGACCCUACUCAGAGGGCCUUGUACAGGGAUGUGAUGUUGGAGAACUACAGGAACCUGCUCUCCCUGGGUGAGGAUAACUUCCCUUCUGAAGUUGGAAGCCUUUCUGCUGGAUUUGAAAUAAAGGAAUUAUCAGCAAGAGAAGACAUUAAGAAAGGAGAAUUAUACCAUCUAGUGGUAUUGGAAAGCAAUGAAAGCCAUGACAUCAAGGAUUUCGACCUCAAGGAAGACUGGGAAAAUAUGCAUGAGCAUCAGAAUGAAUUGAGAUAUGAUGCAAGAAAUUACAAAGGAGUGCCCUUGACUCAUAACAAAAAUCUGACUUGUAGGAUAGAUCGGCAACAUAACAGAUCCUCAGUUAGUUUUCCACAAAGGCCGAGUGUUUCUGUAAGAAAUAAUAUAUAUCAGUAUUUGAUGCAUGAUGAGACAUUUAUACAGAGUUUGUUAAAACUGAAAAAUAAUGUAAGCGAUGCUGGAAACAAGUAUAUAAAUUCUUUGAAAAAUAGAACUGGAUUAAGUUUGCAGGCACAUCUGGCUAAAAUGCAGAGAUUUCAAACUGAGGAGAAAAUUUAUGAAUGCAGUCAAGUUGAGAAGUCUGUCAGCCAUGGUUCCUCAGUUUCACCACUUCAGAGAAUUUCUCCUAGUGUCAAAAACAUUUGUGAUAAAUAUAGGGAAGUUCUUAAAUAUUGUUUGUUACCUACACAAUAUGGGAGAACACCCAGUAGAGAAAAAUCUUACAAAUGUAAUGAAUAUGGGAAGGCUUUUAGCAAAAUCUCAAACCUCAUGAAUCAUGAGAGAAUUCCUUCUGGACAGAGACCUUACAAAUGUAAUGAGUGUGGCAAAGCUUUUCAUCAGUGCUCAAACUUUAGUAGACAUCCGAGAGUCCGUACAGGAGAGAAACCAUAUAAAUGUGAUGUAGGUGGCAAGGUCUUUCAUCAAAAGUCAAACCUUGCCAGUCAUCAGAGAAUGGAUACUGGAGAGAAACUUUACAAAGGUAAUGAAUGCAGCAAAGCCUUUGCUGAACACUCAGGCCUUACUCAGCAUAAAAGAAUCCAUGCUGGAGAGAAACCUUAUGAAUGUAAUCAGUGUGAGAAAUCUUUUACCAGAUUUGCAAGCCUUAGAAGACAUCAGAAAAUCCAUAGUGGAGAGAAACCUUAUGAAUGUAAUCAGUGUGAGAAAUCUUUUACCGGAUUUGCAAGCCUUAGAAGACAUCAGAAAAUCCAUAGUGGAGAGAAACCUUACAAAUGUAAUGAGUGUGGCAAAGCCUUUAUGGAGGGUUCAUCUCUUACUCGACAUCAGAAAAUCCAUACUGGAGAGAAACCUUACCAGUGUAAUGAGUGUGGCAAGUUCUUUAGUCAAAAGUCAAACCUUGCAAUUCAUCGGUUAAUUCACACUGGUGAGAAACGUUACAAAUGUGAUGAAUGUGGCAAAGCCUUUGCUGGGCAUUCAAGCCUUACGUGGCAUAAGAGAAUCCAUACUGGAGGAAAACCUUACAAAUGUAAUGAGUGUGGGAAAGGCUUUUCGGAAGGUUCGUAUCUUACUCGACAUAGCAAAAUCCACACUGGAGAGAAACCUUACAAAUGUAAUGAGUGUGGCAAAGCCUUUACACAGCGUUCGUAUCUUACUCGACAUAGGAAAAUCCAUACUGGAGAGAAACCUUACAAAUGUAAUGAAUGUGGCAAAGGCUUUAUUCAUAAGUCAAACCUUGCAGUUCAUCAGAGAAUUCAUACUGGUGAGAAACCUUACAAAUGUAAUAAAUGUGGAAAAUCUUUUACUCGAUUUGCACGUGUUACACAACAUCAGAAAAUCCAUACUCGAGAGAAGCCUUACAGAUGUAAUGAAUGUGGCAGAGCUUUUGCUCAGUGUUCAAGCUUUACUAGGCAUCAGAAAAUACACACUACAGAAAAGUCUUACAAAUGUAAUGAGUGUGGGAAGGUUUUUAGCAAAAACUCAAACCUCAUGAAUCAUGAGAGAAUUCAUUCUGGACAGAGACCUUACAAAUGUAAUGAGUGUGGCAAAGCUUUUAAUCAGUGCUCGAACUUUACUAGACAUCAGAGAGUCCAUACAGGAGAGAAACCAUAUAAAUGUAAGGUAUGUGGCAAGGUUUGUAGUCAAAAUUCAAACCUUGCAAGUCAUCAGAGAAUGCAUACUGGAGAGAAACCUUACAAAUGCAGUGAAUGUGGCAAAGCUUUUAAUCAGUCUUCAAAACUUAUUCAACAUCAGAGAAUUCAUACUGGUGAGAAACCUUACAAAUGCGAUGAAUGUGGCAAAGCCUUUGCUGAGCGUUCAAGCCUUACGCAGCAUAAGAGAAUCCAUACUGGAGAGAAACCUUACGUGUGUAUUGAGUGUGGCAAAGCUUUUAAGCAGUGUUCACACCUCACUAGACAUCAGAAUAUACAUCCUGGAGAGAAACCACACAAAUGUAAUGUGUGCGGCAAGGCUUUUAUCCAAAGCUCAAGCCUUAUGGAACAUCAGAGAAUUCAUACAGGAGAAAAACGUUACAAAUGUAAUAAAUGUGAUAAGGCUUUUAUCAAACAUUCACACCUUUGGUGUCAUGAGAGAACUCAUACUGGAGAGAAACCUUACAAAUGUAAUGAGUGUGGCAAAGCCUUUACAGCACGUUCCAAUCUUACUCAACACCAGAAAAUUCAUACUGGAGAGAAACCUUACAAAUGUAGUGAGUGUGGCAAAGCCUUUAAUCAGUGCUCAAACCUUACUAGACAUCAGAGAGUCCAUACAGGAGAGAAACCAUAUAAAUGUAAUGUAUGUGGCAAGGUCUGUAGUCAAAAUUCAAACCUUGCAAGUCAUCAGAGAAGGCAUACUGGAGAGAAACUUUACAAAUGUCAUGAGUGUGGCAAAGCCUUUAUGGAGCAUUCAAAUCUUACUCAACAUAAGAAAGUCCAUACUGGAGAGAAACCUUACAAGUGUAACCAGUGUGGCAAGGCCUUUACCGAUAAUUCAAAUCUUACUCAACAUAAGAAAAUCCAUACUGGAGAGAAACCUUACAAAUGUAAUGAGUGUGGCAAAGCUUUUAUCCAAUUUGCAAAACUUACAAGCCAUGAGAAAAUACAUACUAAAAAGAAACAUUAUAAAUCUAAUAUAUGUGGCUAUGCUUUUAUUCAAAGCUCAAGCUUUGGGGAUCAUCAGAAUUUAUAGUAGAAAGAAACCUUACAAAUACAAUGAUUGACACAAAACUUACGCAAGUGUUCAAGCCUUACUCAACAUCAGAGACUCCAUCAUGGAGAGGAACCAUGUAAAAGUAAUGGGCGUGUCAAAGCCAGUAACCAGGGCUCAUACCUCACUUGAUAUCAGAAUAUACAUCUUUGAGAGAAACCACACAACUGUAAUAUAUGACAAGACUUAUCCAAAGUUUAAGCCUUGUGGAACAUAGCAGAAUUCUUAUUAGAAACCUUACGAAUGUAAGUUUCAUCAGCUUUAUCAAAAAUGUACACCUUUGUGGUUAUGAAAGAAUUCAUAUAAGAUGGAAACCAUACAUAUAUCUCAAGGUCUUUAAACAAUGACCUCAGUAUACACCAAGGAAUUCAUACUGGACAGAAAUAGGACAAAUGUAAGGAAGGUGAUAGAUUGUUUAACCACUCCUGUCAAUGGAAUACAUGUAAGAAAAUUCAUACUAGAGGGAACUAUUAUUUUAAUAUUAACCAACCUCAGAUGUUAAUUUCCACAGUGAAUUAAAAAUUAAAAUUAUUUAAAACUCAUAUGAUGUGUGUCCAUGGAGCAGGGUCAUCUGUGGAAAGGUCUAAUUACUUUCAGUUUAUAAAAUCUUAAGUUAUUUGAGGUUUUUUGAAAAGACUACAUUAUUGAUGACUUACAACCUGUAGUUUGAAAUCUGUUGAUGUUAUACUUUGAUACAUGCUUUUCAUUUGUCACCAUGAUGGUCUCAGGGAAGGGAUUGGUAAGAUGAAAGGACCUACUUCUUUAGGUGGGGUUUAUGGAACUUGGAAAAACUAGAACACUAAUUUUAAAGUACAGUAUGGUAUAAAUUUGAGAGCAUGGGGAGUGGCAGAGAAUAGAUGUAAAACUAUUAUCUAAAUUAACGUGUUCUGUGGUCACAGCCCCUUCUAUGUAUUUGUCGGUAUGACGGGGCCUCUGUUGAUGGUUGUAGGAAAGGAUUGCUGUACUAGAUAAUCAUGAAACAGAAGGGCAAGACUUUGAGAAAAUGACGUUUUCCCAUGAAUAGAAUGAUGGGUUACUAAGGAUGGCAUAUGUGGUAGAAAGAAUGGAGGGGGAAGGAUGGUCUCCUCUUUUUAAAGGUUAUAUGCAUUGUAUAUGAUAAAUGAAUGAAAAUUAGUCUUAUUUUGAAACUGAAAAGACAAAGUUAUAGAGGACAGUUGAAUGAAAAGAACCAUAGUGACAGUGCUUUUGAAGGAUACAAAUUUGGCCACUGAAAUUGCAUUUUUAUACCAUUUUAUAUAGAAUGUAUCAUACUUCUCAUGUCUCAGUAAGUAAAGUGUAGUCUUUUUUUUUUUUGUAGUCCUGAAUGAAUCAUGUGCCUUCAUCAACCCAAGCAUAUUCUGCCUCAUUGGGGCACUUCAUAACGAACCCUAAUGAUACAUCAUUUGGCUUUCUAGGUUAAAUGGCAUCUGUAACAAUUUCAUCCCUUCGUAGAUUCAAACAAAUUACAAUUUUGGAAAU